AGAAUCGGCAAGUACGACCAGCACUCUGCUGACCAACUGAACCUGGAGGAGUCGCCCACGGAGUAUCUGAUGAGACUGUUCAACCUGCAGUACCAGGACGCGCGGAAGAAACUAGGUCAGUACGGCCUGGCCACCCACGCUCACACCAUCGCCAACCGUGACCUUUCCGGGGGUCAGAGGGCGCGCGUGGCGCUGGCCGAACUCUCCUGUCGGGCGCCCGAUGUGCUCAUUCUGGACGAACCUACCAACAACCUUGACAUUGAGUCAAUCGACGCUCUGGCAGACGCCAUCAGGGACUUCACCGGAG